AUGCCUCAGAGUAACCCUGCCGACCCUCUCAAUCCUCCCAAAGUAAAGCUCCAUGAGACGACCCAGGGAGAAACAGGGCAAUACAUCACCCUAAGUCACUGCUGGGGCAAAAAUCCCAUCAUCACAACAAAGACAACGAAUAUUGAACAGUAUAAGAACGAAAUUCCAUGGGGUGAACUAUCCAAGACGUUCCAGGAGGCCAUCAUAUUUGCAGGUUUGAUGGGUGUUGAAAGCAUUUGGAUUGAUUCCUUGUGCAUCAUUCAGAACAGUGCUGAAGAUUGGUCCGCGGAAGCUGUCAAGAUGGCUUCAUACUAUUGCAACAGCGAGUUUACCAUUGCCGCGACAGCCUCGACUGACGGAGCUGGGGGUCUGUAUCACCCAACCCCCCUCGUUGAAACUGCUAUCGAAAUUGAGGGAUUCGAUCCCAAAACUCAGAGCGAGUUUCGUGUGGGAGCACGGAGACCCCUAGCUCAUCUCCACGACGCUUUGGAGGAUCGCACGAAAAUCGUGGACCGAUUUCCACUCUUAUCAAGAGGCUGGGUGUAUCAGGAACGAAUCUUAUCACGACGAUUCCUCCACUUCGGACCAAGAGAAGUUCACUGGGAAUGCCACGAGGAAGUUAAUUGCCAAUGCGGCGGUGGUAAAGCUGCUCUCGAGAUGAAUCCCUCCGGAGCUGAGACAUCAAACCAGGCUCUCGCCAUUACCGAAGGAAAACUCGCAGUCGACAAAAUAAUGUUUCUCUGGCUUGAGCAGAUCGAGAACCUCACCAGUCUGAACUUCACUCAUAUUAGUGAUCAGCUUCCGGCUCUCUCUGGAGUUGCGACUUUGAUGAGACAGUCUCAGCAACCUGGGAGAUAUCUUGCUGGUCUCUGGGAAGAAGGGUUGCUCUUUUGGCUCUGCUGGGCGACUCAAAACUUUGGGCAGCCAAGGACAUUGAAAGACACACCUUCAUGGUCUUGGGCGUCUAUCCAGGGUCAUGUAUCCUUUUCCUUCAUCGAAGCGUACUUUAUGAAAGGUCCUUGGGGUCAGGCUGGCCACGAGAACAUGCUCCUGGUGAAUGCAGCUGAAGUCAGCAUGAAGCAAUGUGUUCCUAGCAAUCCCUCUCUUUCGGGCAAGCUUGAAGUGGCAGUGCUGGAGGUCAAUGGGCUAGUUGCUCCGGUUACUCUGCAUUGCAGGCAGGACCAAGAUUCUGGUGAGGAGGUUUUCGGUUUCCGUCUCAACCGCCAACGCGCGGCAACUUCUGGUGAGUCAACAUCAGAUAUUUGCUAUCCCUUUCAGUGGGACAUCACCAGCAGAGACUAUCUAAGCAGUUUGGAUGGUACACUUGCUUUAGUAUUACAUCUACUCAGUUACGAGAAGCUGGAAGCAGCUUAUGAAGGUCCAGAUUGGAUGCGCUCAUACUUGAUAGUCAGGCCUGUUGAUGAGACGGAAACGAAGUAUGAGCGAGUAGGCAUUCUUUGUACAGAUGUCACAGGAGGGUUUCUCCCAAGUAAGGCCUGGAUCGCCUUGGGGGAAAAACAAAAAUCGGUACAUGCAGCAGUUCGCGAUGAGUUUCUGCAACACUUCAGAAAACUGGCUUCUCAUCAGACACUAGACAUCAUUUAA